AUGAACCCCAACAAAUCCCAGGCCCAAGCACCCGAAGCACAGCCCGGCCCCAACCCCAAACACGGUACCCCGAGAGGCCUUGUCUGCUCCCCACUUCACGGCGCUGCACUGCGUGGCGAUGCCACGGUGCUGGAAGCGCUCUUAGCAGCUGGAGGCGAUCUUUUCGCAGAGGCCGAGGCCUCAGCGGUGGAUGGCGAAGGAGAGACGCUGGCGCACACUUUGAUGGGCCUCCACGCGCUUCACGUUUUGGUGGCCAAGGACAUCUACAGUGAGGAGGUCUACCGGCUUCUGAUGCGAAGAGGGCUUCGACUCAGCUCCUGCUGCCUCCAAAGACGAGGUGGUGAAAUUCCUGGAUUACUUCUUCCAAGGCUGCUGGGCAAUCAACACGCCACGGAGGAGCGCUUGGACGUGCUCCUGAGGGAAGAGGUUCAGCUGAUCAUUCGCUCGGCUGGCCUAGCUCACGAACUCAACGAGUUCCUGGAGGUUGUGUCCGCUUUGCGGCGCGACCAUGAUGUGGCAUACCGAUGUGCCAGCGACAUCGACUUCCCGAUCGCCGAGCCCGACCCAGAAAGCUCACAGAGCUCAGGACGGAACGAGGAGCCCCCUACGGCGCUGCUUUUUGCUGCCCAGGCGGGCCGCUGCGAAGCAGUUCGGCUUCUGCUCUACGCCGGUGCCGAUGCUACCCGGAGCAUGCGACGAGUGCUGGCCAUGGACGACAGGCGAAUGAUGGUGCUACAGGCCCAAGCGGUACAACUCGCCGUGCUGCGCAGCGACUUGGUCAUGGUCGAGCAGCUGCUCUUCUUCGACAUCAGCCCUGAUCUCACAUGUUCCGCAAAAGUCUUCGACUCUGGCGGCGAUGCCGACCAAGAGCCUUUGGAGGAGUGGACUGGAUUGAGCUUGCUUCACCUCGUCGUCCUGAGCCGGAGCUUCGAUCUGGUGGAACCUCUUCAGCAGAUGGGCUGCCGGCUCGAGGCCAUGGCCCAGCAGCGACUUCCCGAUGGAACGACCACGCAGGUCACCCCGCUCCACUUGGCCGUGCUCAUGGAAGAUGCCAAAGGCUGCACGCGCUGCAUUGACUGCGGCGCAGAAGUCACCGACACCAUCCGUGAGGCAGCCCUUCAGCGACGGCCUUUGCGGGAGAUGUUCGGAGGCUCCUCGCCUAUCGGCCUCCAGGACUGGGUGGAGGCCAUCCUCCAGGGAGCCGAGGCCUUGCAGGCCUUGCUGGAGCAGCGGACGGACCUCAACAAGGCCUUUGCCUGGCCGACGUCCGGGGAGGAGGCGAAGGAGCUCUUGGAAGGCAAGCCGCUGUCCUCGCCGGCAACGACAGAAAGGUUGGUGGAGGCCUUCUGUGGUGGGCGAACCGCCUUCGAAGGCAUUCGCCCGGUGCACCUUGCAGUGAUUCUGGACCAGAUGUGGGCACUGCAGGCACUGCUCAAAGCCGGCGCCAAGCUGGAGGGCUUCGUCACGGAGGUGCUCUUGGACCCCAUGGAGAAUCCCAAGCUUUGCGGCUUGGAGAUGGACCUGGCACUCCUGUGUGUGCGAUGUGCAUCUCUGGAAAUGCUGCGGGAUCUGCGCGACGAGGGGCUCCUGCCAGACGUGAACUACGCAGCAGCUUUGACUCCAGACAUCACGCCGCCUUUCUUUCCUUGGAAGGUGGAGGAACGGACGUUGACGGAUCCGCUGUGGGCCUGGGAGGGUCUGGCACCUCUUCAUCUGGCGCUGCUGCUGGGAAGGAGCGAUGUGGCCCUGCUGUUGGUGAGGCUCGGUGCCAACCUUCUGCAGCCGGUCGACCAUGUUGCCAUCGAGGCUCCAUGGCACUACUCGGUGACGGACAACUGUUUCAGAGGUUUGACUCCAUUGCAUUUAUGCUCCUUGCUGGAUCAGAAGGCCACUGCUUCGGCACUGUUGGGAGAGGCGAGUGGUGAUGUGCUGUUUGUCUUCCCUGGAGAGAAGCGGGCACCGCAGUACAAGGAGAUGCUCGGCGCUGUGUGCCGCCAUGUUUGGGCAACCCUCGACUCCAAGAAAGGCUCGGACGAGGAGGAGCCCUGGCUUUGGCGCGAUGUCACGCCACUUCACCUCGCCUUGCUGUACAAGAGUUACGUGACAGCAGAAGCCCUUAUCGAGGCAUCAACACCUGACACAUUGGAUAUCCUCUGCAGCUGCAAGGAGCCGCAAUGCCAGCAGUUCAGAAGUGCGCUGCAUUUGUGA